UGAGGGUGUAGCUUGGUGACGACACGCAGCAUCCCUCGCAGAACGGGAUUCUGUGCAGAUCUGUGGGCAUCUGUGCUAAACGCACCCUCUGUACCUUCUGUGCAGUCUAUUCCCGAUCAGUCUUUUGAUUAGUUUAGCUGGAGUGGCUACACUGACAUCAUGAGGUUUAGAACUGAAUUGCAGUUGUUCUGAUUAGAUGACUGCUCCCUCCAGCGGCUAUUAUGUGCCAGGACAGCAGACGGAAACUGCUUGUUACGGACCACGUGAACAGGAAGGAAAACCCUAGCACACAAGCAGAGUCUGUAAUAAUGUGUGCUGCAGUUUGUAUAUCGAAAGACCUGAGCGUUUUAUUCAGAAGACUGGUUCUGUCGCGCCAGGUGCUGAGAAUACCAAGCUUAGACUUUUCCAGGAGUUCUGUCAUUUCAAGAUUCUUUUGCAAUAGCAGGCUCUCCCCGUGGGUGCAGACAGCAGGAAUCCAUGUAGGGUCCCACCACUGCACUGUGGCACCUUCAAUCACUGAAACAGAGGAACCUGACAGCCUUUAUAAGAAUGUUGCAGUGCUGGUGAAAGGCCAUGACAAAGCUGUGUUGGACAGUUACCAGUACUUUGCAACCCUCGCAGCACAGGAGCUGGGCAUUAACAUUGACAAAGUGUACGAACCACCCAAGAAGAUUGAAAGACUGACCCUCCUGAAAUCAGUUCACAUUUUCAAGAAACACAGAGUGCAGUAUGAGAUGCGGACUUAUUACAGGCGUAUAGAGCUGAAACAUCUGACUGGCUGCACAGCUGAUGUCUAUUUGGAAUACAUCCAGCGGAACCUACCUGAGGGGGUUGCAAUGGAGGUGACUAAGACAUUAUUGGAAAAAUUACCAGAACACAUUAAAGAACCUGUAUGGAAUACAAUAUCUCAAGAGGAAGAAAAGCAAAGGCAGUGACCUGUGUUGGAUUUGUGGGCAGAAAAAACAGGUUGCUGCUUCCAGUCCAACACUUUUAGUCUGCUAUGUCUUUGUGUUGAACUGAAAAGGCUGCAAACCUGCCCCCUACAGAUACAAACAAAACAGGCACCUGGCAUCUCCAUGUUCAGCUUCUCCAGACGUAUACUUCUGAUAAAUCCACUUUCACUGGGAUCUGAAGAAACAACAGCUCUGCUUUGAGAUGCUAUUUAGAGGUGGGAGGGGGCCAAACUACUGUUAAUAAAUGUAUUUGAUAUGGCC